UUAUGUUUUGAAUAGUAUUCAUUUAACUUUUUUCCUUUAUUUUCUACGGAAACAAGUUUAGUCAUGGUUUUGUAGAGAAUUUCACGGCGCAUCUUUUGGUAAAACAAGCAGCUCUAAAGAUCAAAAAGAAAAAAAAGUUAUAGUCAAAAUACUGAGACCUUCAUUUAUUCUGGGCCACCCGUUACUUUUGACAUAUAAUUGUUUUAGAUAUUCAAUAUCUCAAGAAGAACAUAUCCUUUUAAGCUGAAAUUUUCAGAGAUUUUUUAAGAUCAACAAAACCUAUAUAUGAGCAAAAUAUUAGUUCGGUUGAUGGUUUAUACUUAAAGAUGUUCUUGUUAAGAUGUAUCUUCUCAUAUAAAAUGAGUAGCGUUUGUUCAAUUUGAUUAACGGUUAAUAAUUAAACAUAUUUAAUUAAUGUAAUUUGUAUUCUAGUCCAGCAUCAUAUUGGCUAUUUAGUUAUCUGUUUGAUAUAAUUAUUUCUGUUAUAUGGUUCUGUUAUUUACUUGCUGUUUUUUGUAUAUUUGAUGUUGCUUUUAAUGGUAUAUCAAAUAAGAAACCUCAAUUAGAAACUAUGAUUUCACUGGAAUUUGCUACUCCAUGGGAUUUACGAGUACAAUUUUAUCCAUUAACAAUUUUAAUUACAUUACCAACAUUACCAUUUGCUUAUUUAUUAACAAAACUUUUCCGAAGUGAUAUUCUUGUAUGUAUCUUUUUUUCAGAAUUUUUGACUGAAUAG